UAGAGAGAGAGAGGGAGAGAGAGCGACGAUGCAGAGAGGCGACGUCGUAUGGGCAAGGGUUGUGUUCCCUCACUCAUGGUGGCCCGGUGUGGUCCUCCGCAUCGACAGCCUCGGCGUCCUCGUAUCCUUCUUCGACCUCCAACCCAAUCGCUACUUCCUCAACUCCGAGCUCCGGCCCUUCGACCACACUUUCCGAUCUUCGAUGGUCCGCAACAACAAGGAUGAGCUGUUCGAUCGUGCGCUGGAGGUGUUCGGUCGGAGGACGCUUCGGAGCCUAACGUGUCCUUGCCAGAGGACGAACAGAAGUGGUCCGAGGGAUUUGAGGGGAACGACGUCGUUUCAGGCGGUUGGGGUGUUGGGGUUUGUGCUGAGGAUGGGUGUGUCGCCUUUGGUUGAGGAGACGGAGUUUGUUGAGGCGGUGAGAUCGGUCGCGCAGGUUCAGGCGUUUCGUGGGUAUGGGUCGGCCAAGCGGACAUUAAUGUACAAGGGACAGUGCCAAAGAAGAGGUAGUGAGAAAAAGAACUCAGUUUUUCAUGAAUCAGAUAUUUUAGAACUGGAAGAUGAAUCUCAGCUAUUCUUUGAGGAAGUGGAAAAUAAGCUGGCAGUUGGUGUGACAAACAGAACGAACUCUAAAAUUCCUGGUUUGAAAGAAUCUUUUAAUGAGCAUCAACUUUGCAGUAUGUCAGAGACUCGAAUUAAGCAAAAGAAGUCACAAUCAGUCGAUGAGAUGCUGGUAAACUUGCAUUAUCUUGCUCUAGAUCCAUUUUAUCUAGUUGGAAAACGCUUGAAUACUGUGGAGCAGAAUCUCUUGAAGUUUAGAAGUUUGUCAUUCCAAAACAUUACUGACAUUUGUUUGAAAAAAUGCUUGCAACCUAAAGGCAUUGAAGGCCAGCUUUCUCAUCCUGGGAGUAUCGAGUCUGAGCUAAGUAUGAAGGUUGACAGAAAACAAAGCUGUGGAGAAAGUUUUGGCCCCUCUGUAUCUUACCUGGCAGUUGGUGUGACAAACAGAACGAACUCUGAAAUUCCUGGUUUGAAAGAAUCUUUUAAUGAGCAUCAACUUUGCAGUAUUUCAGAGACUCGAAUUAAGCAAAAGAAGGCACAAUUAGUCGAUGAGAUGCUGGUAAACUUGCAUUGUCUUGCUCUAGAUCCAUUUUAUUUAGUUGGCUUGAAUACUGUGGAGCAGAAUCUCUUGAGGUUCAGAAGUUUGUCUUUCCAAAACAUUACUGACAUCUGUUUGAAAAAAUGCUCGCAACCCAUUGAAGGCCAGCUUUCUCAUCCUGGGAGUAUCGAGUCUGAGCUAAGUAUGAAGGUUGACAGAAAACAAAGCUGUGGAGAAAGUUUUGGCCCCUCUGUAUCUUACACAGACAAUCCUGUUAACUGUCUGGGGCUAAAAAGGAAGCUUGAUCAUCAACCUUAUGUUUCUUGUAGUUCUUUUAAGCUACACAAGACUAUCCCAACUACUGCAUAUCUGCAGAUAAAUAAAACUGGAUGCAAGGAAAACUCAUCCGAUUCUUAUAUUUCAGGGCCUGCUUUGUCUGAUCUUUCUCACCAUGGUCACAUUGUUGAAAUUGCCAAGCUUCAGGAGCCUGAAGAAAGAGUUGAUAUGCUAAAUGAUGCUAGGGCCUGCAUAUCUUGUGUCACGAGACAGGAAACUGGGAGAAGUGUAAGUAUUUGGGAAGAUGAUGAGGGUGUUGAAGUUGAUUGCAAUUUGAAUUUACAUCGACCUCUUGCAACUCAAUCAGCGUUUAAUCAUAUUAUUGGAACUCAUGCCAAUGUCAUUGAGGUUGAUUCUAGAUUGGCAGCCAAAAUAUGCUUAUCACAAUCUGACCCUACUGUUGAUAAAAUCAAGAUGCUGCCUAGUGAUGGCGUUGGUACUACCUCCGUUAGAUCCAACAAAGAACCCAGCAUUAGUGUCACUUCUAGAGACAGCUAUAAGGAGAAUAAGGAGCUCUAUCAACCUGUUACUUCAGAUUCAUCAUUUGAGUUGCGAAGGGGUCAGCAGUUGGAAGCACUUGCUGCUUGUACAACUUUGCAUAUGAAGUUUCCUAGAGAUUUGAAGCUGCCAUCAAAGCAGGAGUUGGUAAAAGAAUUGAGCCCAUUUAGCACAGUAGAUUCCUUGAAGACAAAAAUCUCUUCUUAUACUGGUGCUGCCCAGGUUGUUCUCUUACACCCAACUGAUGCAUUAGCGGCUUACCAAUUUGCUAAGGAAAACAGGGUUUUAUUUGGUGGGGCAAAUAUCCGGUUUUGGCUUGACCCACUUGAACACAAGAGAAGAGGAACCCAGUCUUUAGUUCCUUCACCUUCGUUGACAGGGAAAGCAGUAGAUCCGAAAUCGUGCCAACCUGUUAGUUCUGAUACAUCAUUCAAGUCGCAAAGGGGUAAGCAAUUGGAAGCACUUGCCAACAUUGCUGCUUCUACAUCUUUGCACAUGAAGUUUCCCAAGGAUUUUGAGCUGCCGUCAAAAGAGGAGUUGAUCAAAAAGUUUAGUCCAUUUGGUACAGUAGAUUCCUCGAGGACAAAAAUCUCUUCUUGCACAGGUGCUGCCAAGGUGGUUUUUGUACACCCAACUGGUGCAAUGGCUGCUUGCCAAUAUGCUAAGAAAGAGAAGCUUUUGUUUGGUGAGGCUAAUAUCCGGUUUUGGCUCGACCCGCUGGAACACAUGAGAAGAGGAACGAAAUUUUCAGUCCCAUCGACAUCGUUGACAGGGAAACCAGUGAGUCCAAAAUCAUGUCCACCUGUUUGUUCUAAUUCAUCAUUCAAGUCACAAAGGGUAGAGAAAUUGAAAGCACUUGCCACCAUUGCUGCUUCUUCGUCUUUGUGUAUAAAGUUUCCUAAGGAUUUCAAGCUGCCAUCGAAGCAGGAGCUGGUAAAGAGAUUUAGACCAUUUGGCACUGUAGAUCCCAAGAGGACAAAAGCCUUUUCUCAUAAAGAUGCUGUUCGGGUGGUUUUCUUACGCCCCCUCGAUGCAUUUGCUGCUUAUAUAUAUGCUAAGAAAAAGAAGGUUUUAUUUGGUGGGGCAAAUAUCCGGUUCUGGCUUGAGCAACUUGAACACAGGAGAAGAGGAACCAAGUCUUCAGUUGAAUCAGUUCCCUCACCUGUAUUGACAGGGGAACCGGUGAAUCUGAAAUCAUGUCUCAAAAAAUCCCACCCUAUUGAGUCCAAAGACAAGCAAAAACCUUACAAGAUUCCAUUGUCAUCGGAGUAUGAGCAAUUAAGAAACUACCCAUCUUCCCCAAGGCGAAUCAUAGUGAUGAACAAGAUGGAUCUUGCAAACCGAUCUCAAAUGAAGGAGUGGAUAAGGUACUUCGAGCAACAAAACUGCAUAUCUUAUGGAGUGAAUUCACAUAAUAAGGAAAAUAUAAAGCAGUUCCUAAAUUUUUUACAAGCCCAAGUCAGAGAAUUGAAGAAGACAGAUCAUUCUAGUUAUACUACAACAAUAAUGCUUGUUGGGAUUCCAAAUGUCGGUAAGUCCGCCCUGGUCAACUCAUUGCAUCAAAUUGGGAGGAUUAGUGCUGCAGAGAAAGGAAAGUUGAAACAUGCAAUAGUGAGUCCUCACCCAGGUGAGACGAAAGAUAUCAGCAGCUUGAAGAUUGGUAGCCAUCCCAAUAUUUAUGUGUUGGACACCCCAGGUGUUUUGCCUCCUAAAAUUCUUGACACUGAGGUCUGCUCCAAGUUAGCUUUAACAGGAUCAAUUAGAGAUUGCUUAGUAGGGGAAAGGGAAAUCGCUCAGUAUUUUCUGGCUAUCCUCAACUUAAGUGAUGAAUACAAGAAAUGGGCAAAGUUGGCCAUGAAUGAGAAUGACAGAAUAUUCGUAGAUGACAAACCAGAGUGUUUAAGUAGCUCUGAGUUGGACAUGAAACAGAAAAGACAAUACCCCACAGAUCACACACAGGAUUUCAUAGUGCAUGAUAUUCGUCGAACUCUCUUUGAGACGAUUUCAUCUUUUGAUGGUAAUGUGGAAGACGAGAAGGACAUGUGCAGGCUUAUUGAGACACAAUUCACAGCAUUGCGUGAAGCUUUUAGGAUUCCUAUGGAACUUGGUGAGGAGGCUCAAGAUAAAGUUGCUGCUAAGUUACUAAAUCUCUAUCGUACUGGACGGCUGGGACACUAUACUAUAGAUCCUAAACCCUGCCACACUCAAUGACGCUUUUGUUUUCUAUUCUAUACAUUUUCUUGAAUACCAUUUUUUUAUUUUUUAUUUUUGUAAUUUAU